AUGUCUGUCUCCUCUUUACCGGAAUGGAAACAACUCCUGCUGGAGCGAAAGAGGAGGGAGGAGGAGGAGCGAGAGAAGAGAGAAAAAGAGGAGGAGGCCAAACUCGCCAGCAUGCCUGCCUGGAAGCGAGGGAUCAUCCAGAGGAGGAGAAUGAAACAGGAGAGUUUCGGGGACAAGGAGAGGGAGGGCCCCCUCCAAGUCAAGGAGGGCAGGUCCCCCUCUGAUCCUGCGAGUGACCCGGACAGCUCUACACUGGUGCAGCUGGGAAGUGAACCACCACUCAGCCCAGACAUCACAGGGCCUUGGCUGGAUGAAGAGGCUAAACCACAGAGUCAGGUGUUAAAGGAGCAAAUCAACCCUGUCCGACAAAACCCAUUCAUUCGCACACAUGGCGGAUGGAGGAGGGGAAGAGAAGCAGAGAGGGCUGGGGAGAUGGGCCAUGAGAAAGGGAAUGAGCAGGAAAUAGAAGUAAGGAGAGAGCGGGAAAAGGAGAAAGAAAGAGGCUACGUGAAAGGUCACGAUGGGGAGUCUGGGAAGGGAAGAGAUAUAGAAAUAAAAAUAGAGCGAUACAGGGACAGGAGUGGGGGCAGAGAAAAGGACAGAAGUGCCGGGAGAGAGACGAGCCGGGAUACUGUGAGAGAUAGGGAAAGGGAAUGCCAGAGAGAGAGAAAAGAGGAGGAGAGGGAGGAGGGAGACUCAGAUCCUCCAAGCCCCAAGUACCCCCAUCCACUAGUCCCAGGCCUUCGUACCAUCAGAGCAGACAACAUCAUCAUUAUUGAACAGGACAGAAAGGGAAGUGAUGAAAGGACGGGUAGAAGGAGAGAGUCGGAGAGGGAGAGGGAGGUGAUGGAAGAGGAGCAGGAAAAUAGAGAUGUAAAGAUGGACCUCAAGGAGUUUCUGGCUGGUGGAGGGAGUGUCACAGAGAUCCGAGCAUCAGAAGUAUUGAUCAUUAAACCCUUAGCUGGCACUGAGGACUCGAGGAGUGGAGGUCUAAAAGGGACAGGCAGGGAAGGAGAUGGAGAAAGAGGAAGAGAAGCAAAGUGCAAUAAAGAUGGAGGGAAGGACUGUGAGAGGGAGCUGGAGAGAGAGGUGGCAUGGUUGAAAGAUAAAGAGAGGGAGAACUUGAGGGAGAAAGACCGACCACGGACACAAGCAGCUUCAGAAAAAGAGGAUAGGAGAUAUGGUGACACAGAUGACAGUAUCCACAAUGAGAGAGGAGUUAGGGUGAGUGAGCUGCUGAGUAAAUUUGGGGAGCAUACAAAGAAAUUCAGGGAACAUCCAAAGCCUCCGUCCCGGUCUAAAAGCUCAGAGUGUUUCAUCCGGCCUGGCAGAGACAGAGAAAAGUUUUGUCUGGAUGAGGACGAUGAUGGAGACAGGAGAGGGGAGGAUAAACAUGCAGGAUUCAGGGAUGUGCCCAAGCGGUCAUUCAGCUUCUCUGAACGGGUGAUAUGCGCAAAGGAGAAUGGCAUGCAGGAUGAGGGGAACCAUGAUAGGAAGGUGGUGGAGAGGACAUAUUCAGACAGGAGGGUGGCAGCUAGGGGAGAUGUAGUGGGGGGGGAAUGGUCAGGGAGGGGAGGCAAGCAGGGGGGCUGGACCUGGCUUUCAGAUAAAGAGCAGGCAGGGAAGCAUAGAGAGGGAUGCAUAAAAGCAGACAGGGAGGUAGAAGGACAGCAUGAGAGACAGCCUGCUUUGGAAAGUAACACAGGGAAAGAGAUUGACCGUUGGGUCGAGAUAGUAACAGGAGUGGAGUUAGAAUUUAGCAACAAGGGGACAAAGGAACUAACAGAGAAUAUGUAUGGGGAGGCAGGGUUUACAAUGGCCUCAGUUAAAAACACAGAGGCCUCAUUUGCCCGAAGAGUGCCCAUCAAACAUGAUGGACGAGAGAGAGCAGUGGAAAGAGAGGUAAAGCGAAUGAAAGAAGAAAGCGAGAGAGGGAUGGAGAGGGCGAGGAGCACAGAGAGAGAGGUGGUGGGUGGAAGACAGGCAGAACCUCAAAUGCGGGAGAGAACGGGUUCAGACUUUAGGAGAGGAUCAGACGCAAGGGACAUAAAGAGGGUGUCAGAAGUAAGGGACUGCACAAUUUCAGUUGAAACAACUCAGCAAAACUGUGUGAUCACCCUCUCCGUAGACAGAGCCAGUCCUCCUCAGUUUGUUGAUAAUCAUUACAGACAUGUGUCAGCAUUUACAGAGUGCUCAUCAACCUUGCUUGGCACUGUGGUGCAUAGAGGAACAGAUUGGCAUAGUAGCCAAGGAGCACCGGGGCACCAUCCAACCCAGUCAGCACUGUCACAGCACACAGAGGAUCUUAUCAACAAGAUAGAGAGAGUGGGAGGGACAGUGAAUGAACGUGACAAUCACAAAGGGACCCAAACAUUGACUCAGGAUAGCAAAGGCGUGAUGAGGGAAGACACAGAGACUGAGAGAGGGAGCAAAGCUUAUAGGGUGCCAGGUGAGGUAAGCAAGGACAGCACACAUCCACCUGGCGCACACGUGCACAGUCAUGUUUAUCCCGAAAAGUCAGUUCAGGAAGUGACCCCUAAGUGUCCUAAGUCUCCAAAGUGUGUUGCCUCAGUUGGAAUCCCUCCAACGUCACUUGAGAUACACAUACCCAGAACAGUGUUCUAUGGUGUGGGGGAGGCAAGCCUCCAAAGCGAAGACGACCAGAGCUGUGAAGGAGAGGGAGGGAAAGGUGUGGAGAGGAGGGAUAGUUGGAGGAUUGGCAAGCCCUCUCACAUCGAAUCCUUGCAAGAGAAAAUCCAGCAGAGAGAGAAGGAGAGGCUGAAGAACAUAGAGGGAGUGGCAGCGACGGGGGAUGAUGGAGAUGCGACUGAGGGGAUGGAAAAGUCUGGGACUAGAAGUACUAGAAAAGCUUCAAGUUCAGACUGGUAUGAGGAAGGAGAGAGGGGGAACGAAAUGGAGCGAGAGAGACAGAGACAGGAAGGCUCUGCACCACAGACAACAUCCACUCAGUUUGACGUCACACAGGAAGUGAGCGUGUCGAAAGCCGUCCCCCAGCUUCCUGUUCCUCUCUCGUUCUUGCAAGCUGUCAAAGGAGAGAAAGAAACCGGGGUGAUCUCCAUCACAGCCUCUGAAGUAGCCUUGUUCAGCUCUCACGCGACUGAGAGAGAGGAAGAUCCAACAAAACAUGUAGUAGAGGAGUUGCGGUGCGACAGGGGUCAGCAGAGAAAACAGGACACCAGAGGCAGUGGAGGUAGAGGAGAAGAAGGAGAGGAUAAACUCUCGGAGGAAGAGUACAGGCUGCAUUAUUUGCCUCCUUCACACUCUCCCUCACCCUUAGACUCUCUCUCCCCCUCUCCGCCUCACCCUCACUCUCUUGCUGAGAUGAGCCGGAUCUAUAACUUGAAAACGGUGGGGUCCAGGACGGCAGUGUGCGUGAGUGACAGGACCGUGGAUAGGUCUAUCCCAUCACACACUCCCAAGGUACAGUCCCACAUAACAGCAGAACAACAGGAGACAUGCAGUCCAGAGAGAUCAGUUGGGAGGCUGACACAGAAGCAGCUGUGGGGUGGUGGUGGGGCACCUGGGAAUAAGGCCUCUUCAAGCGAUGAGAAGUCCGGACUUCAGACUGUACAUUGUCAGGUGGAACAGCUUCAGUUGCGAGAACAACAGGAAGUACAGAGACCAUCACACGACGACAACGCAGCAUGGUCGUCUUUUAUACAAAAAACUAAUUUGAAAGAUAAAGAGUCUAAAGCUCAGCAAAGCCCCAGGAUAUCACACAACCAGCCUAAUAAGGAACCUCAGCAGAAGCAUCCGAGGCAAAAGGACCAGCAAACACUCCUAAGUCCCAGAAAAUCUCAGUCCAAUCUGCAACUGCACUCUGAAAGGCCUCCUCAACCCAAGCAGACCCAGUCCAACCAACCCAAACAGGCCCGGUCCAUUACUAUCAACUCCAGAUCUCUCCUGACCCCCUCUCCUGAGAACUCAAUUCACCCAGACCAGGGAGUCCCACCCACCCCAUCAUCCUCCCCAUGCUCACCCUCCCCAUCCCAGUCCCCCUCCGUCUCUCCUUCUCCUUCCCAUUCUCUGACCCAUUUCACCAUCAGAAGCUCCUCUGGAGGCCAGCAGGUCAAGAGGGGCACCACCAUCACCAUCACCCCCAGGAAGCCUGUUGGAGGGGCAGCCGUGGAAGCAGUUUCAGUAUCCUCAGGACCCCCGGCCAAGACGUCUUCCCAGGCCCAGAUGCCUGUCCUAACCGAGGUAGUAGAGAGAGGCAAGAAGAGGUACCCCACUGUGGAGGAGAUCGAAGUGAUCGGCGGGUAUCAGAACCUGGACAAGUCCUGCCUGGUCAAGACUCCCAAAGCAACUCCCAAAGGGGUGAGUGUAGACUGCCUGUUGGCAUAUUGCAGCCUAUGCACUGCAAAUUGUAUUGAUGAUGUAUUGCAUCUUGUAGUGAUGAUCAUGGAUCCCAUCCUCUAAGGUUGGGUUUAAUAAAGACCCAAUUGGUAAAACGAAACAAAAACAAGAAUCGCAGGAAACGGCUUGAAUAGACUAUCAGUUUGUUAUGGGAUAAGAUCGAUGAUAGUGUUUUGAGUGUUCACACUCGUAUUCUGACUAUCAAAAAACGUCCGCUUUUUCCCGCCUGCCUCCAUUUGAACCUUUUUAUCACCCCCCCAUCAUGUAGAAUCCCCUUUCACUAGCAUUAGAACAUCCUGUUUGAUUGCACUGAAGAGUUAGAACACAUAAACUGAGCUAAGCCUGUUAAAGCCUUAUCAAGCACGACAUCAUGAUUCUCAGGUGUAAAGUACCCUACUAGUAGCAGUGGCUGUGCGGUCUCAUUUAAUAAUGAACUAAUUAUAAACCCUUCAUAAAUCAUUUGUUAGGGUAACCAUAAUGUAUAGCAUUACCAGACACUUUCAAAUUAGCCUUCAUGUAACACUUGAGGGGUGGAGAGGAAACCACACCGAAAGCCAGAGCCACCCCUCCUCCUCCAGAUCUCAUUCUGUCUGUCUGACUGGAGGUUUUGCAGAGACAAGCUAUGUGUGUUGUGAAUCAAUCAUCACUUCUUUCUGUUUCAUAUAGAAAGACAAGUUUUCCCACAAUAGUUAAAAAUGUUUUUAACAUUGAGUCCCCUUUUCAUGAAAACAUUUGGAGCCAUAGCCUGUUAGAGACAGGAUGCUGCCGAAAUGGUACCCUAUCCCCAACAGGGUUCACUCCUUUUAACCAGAGACCUAUGGGCCCUGGCCAAAAGUAGUGCACUACAUAAGGAAUAGGGUACCAUUUCAGACACAGAAGAGUCUUUUGGAGUACUAAUAAUAAUAAUAAUAAUAAUAAUAAUAAUAAUAAUAAUAAUAAUAAUAAUAUGCCAUUUAGCAGACGCUUUUAUCCAAAGCGACUUACAGUCAUGCGUGCAUACAUUUUUUUUUGUAUAUGGGUGGUCCCGGGGUUCGACCCCACUACCUUGGCGUUACAAGCGCCGUGCUCUACCAGCUGAGCUACAGAGGACCACGAGUACUGUAAUUAGGACACCUACAUAACAAAGUGGCUCAUCAGGGCAGAACUAAAAGCCAGGCUGGCAGUCUCCCCACACAAAUAGAGCAAGAGCUUAAGAAUGGGAUGAGUCUGGUACAGUCUGUUUAUAUAGUAAGUUAGACCAGAAUGUGCAUAUUUAGAGCAAUCUAUUGUUUUAUACUUAAACAUUUAUGGUUUAUGUACUGUACUUUACUCAGACAGCAUGACCUUUAGUAUAAAGCACUUUGCUAUUGUAUUUAGCCUAUCAGCAUAUUUUUUCCUCUACUUUUCUGUCCAUAAUGCAAGAUGCUACACAGUUCACGGCCUGCGUCACACCAUUACAUUGCAGGUUACUUCCUCUGCCAGAUCCUGUCUUUAAUUGAGCCUGCCCUUGUUGCCUUCCCGACAAGUCUUCCUUUGUAUUUUCCUGUUUCUGCUGAGUUUGUUUUGCUGCAUUGGAAUUUUGGCAAACGUUGACCUAUUGGCAUAUAACAUCAGCAUUUGCAGGGUAGGAAAGAAAUUAAUUGUCUCGCGAUGCCAAUGCCCUCCUUUCAAGACUUGUUCAAAUAUGGAAAUGAAUGAUAACACCUCAAAUGAAAAAUAACUGACUUGUUAAUUUAGCUAUGGCACUAUAGUUGAGGAGUCUGUAUAGUUUUCGCAACACUGACUAUUGAUGCUGUCCUACCGUAACCUAAUGUCCAAUUUAUAAUUCUUCAAAUGGGGUCAUCAAGCCCAAUUUUGGUGCGACUGAGGAGGAACAGCCUCUCAUUUGUCAGUGAAAGAGGAGGGUGGGAUUAAACAGAAGUGGAGUGAAGGGAACUCAACAACCUAGCUGAGACACUGCAUGUCUGAGUCCCAAAUGGCACCGUCUUCACUACAUAAUGCACUACCUUUGACCAGGGCCCUAUGGCCCUGGUCAAAACUAGUGCAGAGAAAAGGGUGACAUUUUGGACGCAUUCACUGGAAAGUUUCUCUCAUUUCCUCUUUCAGGCCUGCUCACUUCCUCUGAAUUUAGAGACAGAGAAAUAGCAAAUAUAGGGGAGAGUGGGGUAAGUUGAGCCAAACGGUUUGUUGAGCCACCCCUUGUUUCUAAGAAACCAUAUAGUAGUAGAGAGAAUGAUUUAUUUCAGCUUUUAUUUAUUUCACAUCCGUGGUCAGUUACAUCACAUAUUUUGUAGCAUUGCCUUUAAUGUUAAUUGGGCAAACGUCAGGUAGCCUUCCAAGUUACAUACAGCUUAAUGAGGUGUUCAGUUCUGCCUGAGUCAGGUUUGUCGGCCUCCUUGCCGCACACCUUUCAGUCUGCCCCCACAUUUCUAUAGGAUUGAGGCAGGGCUUUGUUAACCUUGAACUUUGUGUGUCCUUAAGCCAUUUUGCAACAACUUUGGAAGUAUGCGUGGGGUCAUUGUCCAUUUGGAAGACCCAUUUGCAACCAAGCUUUAACUUCCUGACUGAUGUCUUGAGAUGUUGCUUCAAUAUAUCCACAUAAUUUUCCUUCCUCAUGAUGCCAUCUAUUUUGUGAAGUACACCAGUCCCUCCUGCAGCAAAGCACCCCCACAGCAUGAUGCUGCCACCCCCGUGCUUCACGGUUGGGAUGGAUGGUGUUCUUCGGCUUGCAAGUCACCCGGUUUCCUCCAAACAUAACGAUGGUCAUUAUGGCCAAACAGUUCUGUUUUUGUUUCAUCAGACCAGAGGACAUUUAUCAAAAAAGUACAAUCUUUGUCCCCAUGUGCAGUUGCAAACCGUAGUCUGGCUUUCUUUAUGGCAGUUUUGGAGCAGUGGCUUCUUUCUUGCUGAGCGGCCUUUCAGGUUAUGACGAUAUAGGACUUGUUUUACUGUGGAUAUAGAUACUUUUGUACCUGUAUCCUAAAGCAUCUUCACAAGGUCCUUUGCUGUUGUUCUGGGAUUGAUUUGCACUUUUCGCACCAAAGUACGUUCAUCUCUAGGAGACAGAACGCGUCUCCUUCCUGAGCAGUAUGACGGCUGCGUGGUCCCAUGGUGUUUAUACUUGCGUACUGUUGUUUGUACAGAUGAACGUGGUACCUUCAGGCAUUUGGAAAUUGCUCCCAAGGAUGAACCAGACUUGUGGAGGUCUACAAUUAUUUUUCUGAGGUCUUGGCUGAUUUAUUUUGAUUUUCCCAUGAUAUCAAGCAAAGAGGCACUGAGUUUGAAGGUAGGCCUUGAAAUACAUCCACAGGUACACCUCCAAUUGACUCAAAUGAUGUCAAUUAGCUUAUCAGAAGCUUCUAAAGCCAUGACAUCCUUUUCUGGAAUUUUCCAAGCUGGUUAAAGGCACAGUCAACUUAGUGUAUGUAAACUUCUGACCCACUGGAAUUGUGAUACAGUGAAUUAUAAGUGAAAUAAUCUGUCUGUAAACAAUUGUUGGGAAAAUUACUUGUGUCAUGCACAAAGUAGAUGUCCUAACCGACUUUCCAAAACUAUAGUUUGUUAAAAAUAAAUUUGUGGAGUGGUUGAAAAACAAGUUUUAAUGACUCCAACCUAAGUGUAUGUAAACUUCCGACUUCAACUGUAGCAUGAAAGUACCUCCUAGCUGUGCAUUCGGAAAGCAUUCAGACUCCGACACUUUUUCCACAUUUUGUUACGUUACAGCCUUUUUCUAAAAUGGAUAAACAUGUUAUUUUUCUUCAUUAAUUUACACACAAUACCCCAUAAUGACAAAGCAAAAACAGAUUUGCAGAAAAUGUUGCCAAUUUAUAAAAAAUAUAUAACUGAAAUAUAACAUUUACAUAAGUAUUCAGACCCUUUACUCAGUACUUUGUUGAAGCACCUUUGGCAGCGAUUACAGCCUCGAGUCUUCUUGGGUAUGACGCUGCAAGCUUGACACACCUGUAUUUGGGGAGUUUCUCCCAUUCUUCUCUGCAGAUCCUCUCAAGCUCUGUCAGGUUGGAUGGGGAGCGUCGCUGCACAGCUAUUUUCAUGUCUCUCCAGAGAUGUUAGAUCAGUUUCAAGUCCGGGCUCUGGCUGGGCCACUCAAGGACAUUCAGAGACUUGUCCCGAAGCCACUACUAAGUUGUCUUGGCUGGGUGCUUAGGGUCGUUGUCCUGUUGGAAGGUGAACCUUCACCCCAGUCUGAGGUCCUGAGCGCUCUGGAGCAGGCUUUCAUCAAGGAUAUCGAUGUACUUUGUUCCGUUCAUCUUUCCCUCGGUCCUGACUAGUCUCCCAGUCCCUGCCGCUGAAAAACAUUCCCACAGCAUGAUGCUGCCACCACCACGCUUCACCGUAGGGAUGGUGCCAGGUUUCCUCCAGACGUGAUGCUUGGCAUUCAGGCCAAAGAGUUCAAUCUUGGUUUCAUCAGACCAGAGAAUCUUGUUUCUCAUGGUCUGAGUCCUUUAGGUGCCUUUUGGCAAACUCCAAACAGGCUGUCAAGUGCCUUUUACUGAGAAGUGGCUUCCGUCUGGCCACUCUACUAUAAAGGCCUGAUUGGUGGAGUGCUGCAGAGAUGGUUAUCCAUCUGGAAGGUUCUUCCAUCUCCACAGAGGAACUCUGGAGCGCUGUCAGAAUGACCAUCGGGUUCUUGGUCACCUCCCUGACCAAGGCCCUUCUCCCCCGAUUGCUCAUUUUGGCCGGGAGGCCAGCUCUAGGAAGAGUCUUGAUGGUUCCAAACUUCUUAUAUUUAGGAAUGAUGGAGGCCACUGUGUUCUUGUGGACAUUCAAUACUGCAGAAAUGUUUUGGUACCCUUCCUCAGAUCUGUGCCCAGACACAAUCCUGUCCCGGAGCUCUACAGACAAUUCCUUCGACCUCAUGGCUUGGUUUUUGCUCUGACAUGCACUGUCAACUGUGGAACCUUAUAUACAGUUGAAGUCGGAAGUUUACAUACACUUAGGUUGGAGUCAUUAAAACUUGUUUUUCAACCACUCCACAAAUUUAUUUUUAACAAACUAUAGUUUUGGCAAGUCGGUUAGGACAUCUACUUUGUGCAUGACACAAGUAAUUUUCCCAACAAUUGUUUACAGACAGAUUAUUUCACUUAUAAUUCACUGUAUCACAAUUCCAGUGGGUCAGAAGUUUACAUACACUAAGUUGAUGAAAAUGAUGUCAUGGCUUUAGAAGCUUCUGAUAAGCUAAUUGACAUAAUUUGAGUCAAUUGGAGGUGUUCCUGUGGAUCUAUUUCAAGGCCUACCUUCAAACUCAGUGCCUCUUUGCUUGACAUCAUGGGAAAAUCAAAAUAAAUCAGCAUAAAAAAAAUGGUAGACUUCCACAAGUCUGGUUCAUCCUUGGCAGCAAUUUCCAAACGCCUGAAGGUACUACGUUCAUCUGUACAAACAAUAGUACGGAAGUAUAAACACCAUGGAACCACGCAGCCAUCAUACUGCUCAGGAAGGAGACGCAUUCUGUCUCCUAGAGAUGAACGUACUUUGGUGCGAAAAGUGCAAAUCAAUCCCAGAACAACAGCAAAGGACCUUGUGAAGAUGCUGGAGGAAACAGGUACAAAGGUAUCUAUAUCCACAGUAAAACGAGUCCUAUAUCGACAUAACCUGAAAGGCCGCUCAGCAAGGAAGAAGCCACUGCUCCAAAACUGCCAUAAAAAAGCCAGACUACGGUUUGCAACUGCACAUGGGGACAAAGAUCGUACUUUUUGGAGAAAUGUCCUCUGGUCUGAUGAAACAAAAAUAGAACUGUUCGGCCAUAAUGACCAUCGUUAUGUUUGGAGGAAAAAGGGGACUUCAUGAGGAUGGCAUCAUGAGGAAGGAAAAUUAUGUGGAUAUAUUGAAGCAACAUCUCAAGACAUCAGUCAGGAAGUUAAAGCUUGGUCGCAAAUGGGUCUUCCAAAUGGACAACGACCCCAAGCAUACUUCCAAAGUUGUGGCAAAAUGGCUUAAGGACAACAAAGUCAAGGUAUUGGAGUGGCCAUCACAAAGCCCUGACCUCAAUCCUAUAGAAAAUGUGUGGGCAGAAUUGAAAAAGCGUGUGCGAGCAAGGAGGCCUACAAACCUGACUCAGUUACACCAGCUCUGUCAGGAGGAAUGGGCCAAAAUUCACCCAACUUAUUGUGGGAAGCUGAUGGAAGGCUACCUGAAACGUUUGACCCAAGUUAAACAAUUUAAAGGCAACGCUACCAAAUACUAAUUGAAUGUAUGUAAACUUCUGACCCACUGGGAAUGUGAUGAAAGAAAUAAAAGCUGAAAUAAAUCAUUCUCUCUAGUAUUAUUCUGACAUUUCACAUUCUUAAAAUAAAGUGGUGAUCCUAACUGACCAAAGGCAGGGAAUUUUUACUAGGAUUAAAUGUCAGGAAUUGUGAAAAACUGAGUUUAAAUGUAUUUGGCUAAGGUGUAUGUAAACUUCCGACUUCAACUGUAGACAGGUGUGUGCCUUUCAAAUCAAUAGAAUUUACCACAGGUGGACUCCAAUCAAGUUGUAGAAACAUCUCAAGGAUGAUCAAUGGAAACAGGAUGCACUUGAGCUUAAUUUCGAGUCUCAUAGCAAAGGGUCUGAAUACUUAUGUAAAUAAGGUUUUUCUGUUAUUUUUAUUUUUAUAAAUUUGCAAAAAAAUCUGAAAAAACUUUUUUUGCUUUAUCAUUAUGGGGUAUUGUGUGUAGAUUGAUGAGGGAAACAUAUAAUUUAAUCCCUUUUAUAAUAAGGCUGUAAUGUAACAAAAUGUGGAAAAAGUAAAGGGGUCUGAAUACUUUCCGUAUUCACUGUAUAUAGUAGUCAAAAUGUUUGCCUUGGGAUAAGUUGAGCCAAUGGCCAUGGGGUAAGUCAGGGCUUCCCAAACUCGGUCCUCUGGACCCCAAGGGAUGCAUGUUUUGGUUUUAGCCCUAGCACUACACAGCUGAUUCCAAUAAUCAAAGCUUAAUGAUGAGUUCAUUAUUUGAAUCAGCUGUGUAGUGCUAGGGGAAAAAAAAAAAACAUGCACCCCUUGGGGUCCCCAGGACCGAGUUUGGGAAACGCUGGGGUAAACAAUGGCCACCAUACUCCAUACAAAUGAUGAUUACAUUUUGUCCGUUUUAUGCAUAAUAUGCAUAUGAACUCAAUAUAGUGCAUUUUUAUUGUGACAGAGCAGACAUAAUCAUGCCCCAUGUUUACAAAACGUAAAACAAGCAGGGGUUCUUGAGAGCUCAGCCAAGGAAUUGAGAUAAGGGAAGAAGUCUAUUCGAGCAGCAGCAAGGGAUGAAAAGAUUUACUGAAUGACACUGAAGAGCUCCUGAGUGGCACAGUGGUCCAAGUUCCACUAGAGAUCCUGGUUUGAAUCCAGGCUCUGUCGCAGCCGGCCGCGACCGGGAGACUCAUGGGCGGCGCACAAUUGGCCCAGCGUCGUCCAGGGUAGGGGAGGGAAUGGCCGGCAGGGAUGUAGCUCAGUUGAUUGAGCAUGGCGUUUGCAACGCCAGGGUUGUGGGUUCGAUUCCCACGGGGGGCCAGUAUAAAAAAUAAAAAUAAAAAAAUUAUAUAAAAUAUGUAUUCACUAACUGUAAGUCGCUCUGGAUAAGAGCGUCUGCUAAAUGACGUAAAUGUAAGAGGUACAUUGACAAAAAAAGAAAACAAACAUGUACCUGUGCGAAAGAGAGGCUAUGAAAGAGUAACAGAGGCACACAAAGUCUUAUCUGACGACAUCGAGUCUGAGAUGCUAAACAUAUCAAGAAUCUCGCGGACCAGUAUCAUGGGCUAAGUAGCCUUAAGUGCAGAGAACUUGCCUACAAAUUGGCACAUUGAAAACAACAUCCCUGUUCCAGACAACUGGUCAAGAAAUGGGAGGAUAAGUGACAUUGAACAGUGAGAUCAAUAUCUGAAUGUAGGUAUACAUUUAAGAUAUACAAUAUACCACUCCCCCAUUUCAUCAAUUAAACUUUGACCUAACAGCACCAUCACCCACUGUCACAGGACACAAUCACCCACUGUCACAGGACACAAUCACCCACUUACCCCAAGGCUGCUCAACUUACAUUUUUAACAUUUUAGUCAUUUAGCAGAUGCUCUUAUCCAGAGCAACUUACAGUUAGUGAGUGCAUACAUUUUUCAUACUGGCCCCCCGUGUCCCUAUGUUCAACUUACCCCAUACCCGGGGUAAGUUGUGCCAAGAGACCACUUUAUUUGGAAAAGCUAUGUUUUCAAAACUGUUAUGUUUACAUGAAUUCUGAUUAUUUCCAGGGAUACACAACAUCCUGAAAUAUAUAGAGAUAUAUUUGUUAGAAAGAAUACUAUAUUUCCCUUGACGUAGUGAUGCUGAAUGUAAAAAAGCGGCUCAACAUACCCGAUCUCCCCUAAAGACACUUUGGUUUUGAAUGAAUAAAUUAUGCAGUGGAUGUUUAUUAAUCGACUAUGAUGCAGGAUGUGGAUUAUGACAAAGUAUCAUCCUCUGUUUAAUGCACACAAUAGGUCAAUAAGGGACAUUUUUACCAUUAUUUUGCAGGACUAUAACUGAGAAUACAAUGAUGAUGUGCAUCAUCAUGACUACAUUUCAUGAUAAUCAGUGCUGCAACUGAAUGGACAUACUCUGACCGAAAUAUUCCAAAUAUAUCCAAACCUAAUUGGAUGCAUUAUUCACCUGAAUGAAUCUCACCCACUCAGUACUCCUAGCUGUUAAGCACAGCUCUCCUUUACUAUAGUCGUCCUGCUGUAACUCUUUCGUAGCCUAUUGGCGCUUCCUGGCCACCUGUUGCUCACGUUGCUGUCCUUGAGACUGUUUGUCGUCAGCUCCCCCGAGCAGCGGCAUCAUCUCACAGAGGGGGGUGACUUACGCUCUCCUCCUCAUCCUUUGUCAAAUCUUUUGGUCUCCCCCUCCUCAAUCCCUAGGCUCCCUAGGCGCAUCUAUUCCUCUCAAACUAGACCAAGGUACCAUUCUUGUGGACAGCGGCUGCCCCACAUCCGGUGUAAGACAUUUCUACGAGUAUUCGUUGAUUAGCGAUUGACACAGUGCACGUCCUUUCUUCCUCUCUCUCUCUCUCUGGUUCUCCUCCAUGUUCUCCCCUGCUGUGUUAGCCUGGGUUAAUCAGUUCAGUAAGGGAUUAGCCUCCUGGGCCUGAGCUUGAUUCGUCCAACCUCUCUCACACCAGGUUAUUAUCAGGAGUGUGUGGUCAGUCAGUCUGUGGUGAAUAUAAAUGUACUACACCAACCUAUAAUACAAUGCACUAUAACGACCUAUAAUAUAAUGUACUACACAGACCUCUACGGGGGCCAGGUUUUACUUCCUGUUGGGUCCAGGCAGCAACUUUGUUUACACCAAAGUGAACUCUCAGUGUCCUUGAUAAGUAAACAAACUGUAGGUUACACACAUUUUUGUCAGAAAGGGUCUGACUCAGUACAACCUAAUCAUGACGUUUUUAUGGGUGCCUUCAACAUCUCCCUUUCAUACGAAAUAAGGGCAACACUGAAAGUACAGGUUAUUUUUUGUUAUUGUUCUUGAAGCAUGUCCAUCCUUAUUAAGUAACACUGCAAUGUGGUCAGGCUGUCUGUAAGGGUGUGGCUCUAUUAUGUGCACUCCACUAAGCCUCUCUCCUGUGUCUGUCUUGUUCACCCCCCUCCAGGUGAAGGUGUGCUUCGAUGAGACCCAGCUGGAGCAGGUGUGUGAGUACCCAUCAGAGACCUCUAUGCUGGCCUCUACCCCCUACCCAUUACCUGGUCAGGAGGAAGGGAGGGAGGAGGAGGUGCAGGAGGAAGAGGAGGAGGAGGAGGAGGAGGAGAGAGGAGUGCUUGUGUCCAGGAGCAGCAGGAAUGUGGGGGCAGCGGCUGGCCUGAGAGUAGGUCAGUAUAUGUCACUUCCUUACAAAUACACUACAUUACCAAAAGUAUGUGGACACCUGCUCGUCGAACAUCUCAUUCCAAAAUCAUGGGCAUUAAUAUGGAGUUGCUCCCCCCUUUGCUACUAUAACAGCCUCCACUCUUCUGGGAAGGCUUUCCACUAGAUGUUGGAACAUUGCUGCAGGGACUUGCUUCCAUUCAGCCACAAGAGGCUGGUCAGGCACUGAUGUUGCGUGAUUAGGCCUGGCUCGCAGUCGGCGUUCCAAUUCAUUCCAAAGGUUUUUGAUGGGGUUGAGGUCAGGGCUCUGUGCAGGCCAGUCAAGUUCUUCCACACUGAUCUCGACAAACCAUUUCUGUAUGGACCUCGCUUUGUGCACAGGGGCAUUGUCAAGCUGAAACAGGAAAGGGCCUUCCCCAAACUGUUGCAACAAAGUUGGAAGCACAGAAUCGUCUAGAAUGUCAUUGUAUGCUGUAGCGUUAAGAUUUUUGACGAACUGACUUUUUGGAAAGGUGGCAUCUUAUGACAGUGCCAUGUUGAAAGUCACUGAGCACUUCAGUAAGGCCAUUCUACUGCCAAUGUUUGUCUAUGGAGAUUGCAUAGAUGUGUGCUCGAUUUGAUACACCUGUCAGCAACAGGUGUGGCUGAAAUAGCCGAAUCCACUCAUUUGAAGGUGUAUUCACAUACUUUUGUAUGUAUAGUGUAGCUAAAUACCUGCAUACAUGGGGUGUAUUCAUCAGUGCAAACCAUUGCAGAACAUUCUGCAAAGAAACCAAGCGUUUCUUAUUGGACAAGUCCAGGUUAUUCCCGCUCUGUUUUCGCCCGUCUGCAUCCGUUUGGUUUCUAGUGAAUACACCCCUCAGUUAGUCAUGAAAUGUGGUUGUCCAAUCCAUACCUGUGUCUGAAUUGUGUCUCAUAACUCCUCUUUAUCUCUCUAUUUUACAGAUGAGUCUUGCCAUCGGUAGACGUCAGUCGGCUCGCCAAAUUGCUCAAGUUAUGUGA